AUGGUUUGGUUCUCUAGCGUUGUCUCUGCGCGGAGCCGCCAAAAUCCCUGUUCGGUUCGGAAACGACCGAAAAAGGGUCCCUUGAACGAGAAGGUCGGCGCGGUUGGGGGUAGCGGUAGCCGCCUGACGAGAACUUUCCUAACAGACUAUUAUCCUAGGAGACGUGUGACUGCGGCCCGAGCGGGUGCUGAGAACGUGGUCUGCCUCACGACGCUCUGCUGGACGCUCUGGCUUGUUCGCUUAUCCAAGGCCAGUCGCUAUCCUUGCUCAAAUGCGCUCCAAGUUCUGCCGCUUGUUGACUCUGGCAAUAUACUCGAGCGUAAGGCAAGGAGCAAAAUUUUCAACAAUGGGAGCAGUGACUACUACGCCCGGUACUUCCAUUUUCCAUCAAGUGACUUGCUUUCAAGUCUUACCUUUUAUUUGGCUGGCUAUUUGACAUGCGGGACCAUGUUGCGAGUUCCCCAUGUUCCGCGGAUAGUUGAGAUGUGCUUGAUCACGCGUAUUCAAGCAUUAGCAGGUGUACAUGAACCAUACGUUACCUGGUUCGAAGACACCAAGAGCGUGGAACUGGACUGCGUCGAUAUAGCUGCGGUUUCGCUGAGUCGUUACGAGGAUAACAAAGUGACCAACACGAGAUGAGAUCCAAAGACUGGAAUUCGACGAUAACAGUGCGAAAAAAAUGAAAAAUGCGGACUUAAAGCUGCUAGAGCUCAUGAAGACGGUGCAAGAGGCGAGCAUAGAUGUUUGUGUCUGUUCGUUCGUCUCCAACUUGGACUUAAAAGAGCAUGGGGCAGGUCAGGCGAAUCGAGGCGAGC